GGGCAGACAGACAGAGAGACAGUGAGUCGGACGGUCUGAGUGACGGAGGGGAAUCAAGCUUUGGACAAACCACUGCACCGCACUCUCCAAACAAGAACUGUUGUGUUUUAUGAAAAAAAAAAGAGUGAAGAAAAGAAAGAGGCAGAGUCAUUGUGGAUCGUUUUCAGGGGGAAUAUCCUGCACCACAACUUGUUUGUUUUCUCUUUCUUUCUCUUCUUCUCCCUCCUCUCAGAGCUCGAUGCUUUGCUUUGGGAUUUGUGCUCCAAAUCCAUCAAAUUCCUCUCUUGAUCUGUGUCUUUGUCAUCUGAAACACUUUGAGUUACAAAUUUUUUCCAGAACUUUGCAACCCAACAAGCUGAGACAGACGUUUGCAGAAUUUCACUUGGACUAAAAGUUGAAUCCAAGCCCAGUUCUGGAAUGAAUUUAACCGAGCCCAGCUUGUCCAGAGAGGCUCUUCUGCAUCCAAGCCGGGUGUCUGUCGGGGGCCCCUGGACGUCCAGAACCCCGAGUCCUGCUUCUGAUUCUGAAAUGGGUUUUGAGCAGAACCUCUCCGGGGACUGCAGUUCUCCCGAUGGCCUCGGACCUGGGAACAUGAGGAGAACAGAACCGAGGAUUUCUCUGACGCCCAGUUCAGGGGGACAGAGUCCGGACCUGACCCAGGCAGGAGGUAUGUCGGUAGGCACGGCUGACGGAAAGGCCGUGGGUGGCGAGCAGAGGAUCCGCAGGCCCAUGAAUGCUUUCAUGGUGUGGGCCAAAGAUGAGAGGAAGCGACUGGCCCUGCAGAACCCUGACCUGCACAAUGCUGUGCUCAGCAAGAUGCUCGGCCAGUCGUGGAAGGCCCUGAGUGCCACAGACAAGCGGCCGUUCGUGGAAGAAGCAGAACGACUCCGCGUCCAGCACCUCCAGGAUCACCCAAACUACAAGUACAGGCCUCGCAGAAAAAAGACCACCAAAAAACUCAAGCGGGUUGAACCAGGGCUUCUGCUUCACAGCUUGGCCCAAGGUGGUGCACCAGGCCUUGGAUUAGGACCUGGAGUCAGCCCCUUAGGUGCAGACAGUGUCUCUGGGGGUUCUGCCUAUGGACAUCCAGGCGCUCACGCUCCACACCACCAUCACCCUCACCACCUGCUGCCCUCUCUGGGGCACUUCAGGGACCUCCAGGCUCCAGGACACCCAGAGCUGGAGAGCUAUGGGCUGCCCACUCCAGAGAUGUCACCUCUGGAUGUUCUGGAAGAGGGAGCUGGGGAAUCUGUGUUUUUCCCCCAACAUAUGCAAGAGGAGGGGGGGAUGGGAGGUUGGAGUGGGUACCACCACCACCUUCACCCUCAUAACCAACAUUACAGCCAUCACUACAACAACCACAGUCACCACAACUCCAUACAUGGUGCAGCAACACAUGGUCAAAGUUCAGGGAUGAAUGUUAGUGCCAGUUUAAGUACCAGUAUGAAUUCCAGUUUGAGUCCAGGUAGAAGUUCCAGAAUUGACUCUAGAAUAAGUUCUGUUGAGUCAAAUAUGACCUCGAGCAUGAGCUCUGUCACUUCAGUUCUGGUAAAUUCGGUCAACUCCAGGUUAAAUCCUACUCAUGCGUCCAGUCACCACAUCGCCUUAAGGAGUCCUGUAAAGUGCCCCCCACCUCUCUCUGCCUCCCCCUCCCCUGUUUCCUACCCCCAGCCCUCCAUCAGCCUCCCUGAGCCAAUAAAAUGCCACCAAACGCCCCUGAGCAGUGCUCCUGUCGGCUACUUUAGUCAGAUGUAUGGGAGUGGUGUCCCGAGCGCUACUCAUUUCACCCCUUCUCACCUGGGGCAGCUCUCCCCCCCUCCUGAAACUUCUCCCUCUUCCUGCCCAUCCUCCAUCCCCUCAUCAACUUUCCUUCCCCCUGUGCACUUAGACCCUUCAAACCCUGAGUCCUCAGGCCACAUGGUGUCUUCCUCUGCUGAGUUUUGGUCUGAGGUGGACAGGCAUGAAUUCGACCAGUAUGUGAAUAUUGGAAGGAACCGAGAGGAGGCCUUUGGACUUGGUGGGGGCUGUGGGGGCGGGUCCAAAGUCCUGAGUGGGCGCAGCAGCAAUAGCGUGGGUAGUAGUAUUAAUAGCAGUGUUAGCAGUAUCAUUAACAGGGAUGUCAGUAGUAUUAUGAGUGGUGCUAAUGGGUGUGAUGAAGGGAGCAGCCCUCUUAUUUCUGCUCUUUCUGAUGCUAGCAGUGCUGUCUAUUACAGUGCCUGUAUCACUGGAUAAAUUCUCCACAGUCUCAUCUCUCAUCUGUACCUCCUUGCAUGCUGCACAGAUUGGUUUGGUUCCUUUGAACCAUUGUUAGGGAGGAAGUAUGACAGGAAGAUUAGUUUUGGCUCAUACUUUAAAUCAAUUCAUUGUCGUGUUUUGCAUAUUUGUCAUAAAUUCCCCGGUUAAUUUAUAAAGGUAAAACUUAAAUUCUAAUUCUAAUAGAUUCUAAAAUGAAAGAUGUAAAUACAUAAUGGUUUUGUUAUGCAAACACUUACUGGUGCUAACUGAAAAACCUUUAAAUGGGGAAGGAGCUCUCUUGUUAAAGUAAAGAAAAAAAAUAUAAAUAUAUAUAUAAAUGCUAAUUGCUUAUUUUUCUAAUUCUUGAACUUGACCUUGAACAUUUGGCUGGCUAACCAGCUUUCCUUGAUAGAUACAGGCUUGUGUGGCUAAUGUAAACCCGUGAAGUCAGGUGUUUCAGCUUGUUAGUAUCAUUGCGAUUAUCAUUGCUGGAUUUGUGGGGUAUGUCUGCUAAAUUACCAGCUCUUAGCAACUUUUAGACAGAAUUUCAUCUGCAAAAUCAGCUACUGUCUGUCACUUAGCUAACAUCGAUGCUCGCCAUCAAUGCCUGUUGAUUCAAAUGAGCAGUAGAGGGGAAAAAAAGCAUGCUGACACAGUACAUUGUUCUGGUUUGGCUCUCAAGGUGCUUCUUAGAAAAUAACAGAAGGAAAAUGAAUAAACAGGCUUAAGUGUGGUGGGCAGAUAAACAGAAGGCAGCUGGAGAGCACUGUAGAGUAGAACUGAGUUUUUCAGUUUCUUAUCAAAGGUGCUAGGUCUCUGUGUUUGCAUGUGUAGUGCUAAAAACCAGGUCAAGUCUUUAUCAAUAGCUGGUUGCAUUAAUGACCUGGAAAUUGUUCUGGUGGUUGCAAAGUCUGAAGGAUUCAGGGAUGCAGGAUAUCAGAAUGUGCUUAUCUGAGUUGAAGUGCCUUUGAGCAGGACACAAUGUUUCUGCCUGCUCCGCGGAUUUAAUUUCUCUGCACUCUAAGCCCUCUGGUGACGGCGCAUGCUAUAGGAAGAUUAUGCGAGUAAAAUGAAUGCUUUAAUUGCACUGUGCAUAUUCUGCUCAUCAGAAAAGUCCACAACAAAUCUGAAUUUCAAGAUCAUCUCAUAUUAUUUGUGACAUUUCAUCUCAGGAGCGGACAAAUAUUCAUUUCCACUGAACUUCAUAAAUUUUAGAUGAAUUUAUAGCAACUAAAUGGGAAUGUGGGGCACAAUGAAGAGAUGAACAGGGAGACUUGAUGGGAGAGACUUGAUCCAGCCUCCACACAUCUCUCAGCAGUGUUGUCGGGAAAGCCUUGGCCAUGGACCCAGACCAGACCACUGAUGUCUCCCACAAACUAUCAGGAUGUUUUACAAGCCGGGUCGGGUUUUUUCUGACCGUGAUAAAUGUUGUUCCCUCUCUAUCUCAGUCCAUGACAGGGCCUCAUGUCAAACUCCAUGCCAAAAUCUGCAAGUUUUAAGUUGCUUUGCUUCUUGGCAAACACAGGUUUUGUUGAUGAUUAAAAGACCAUUCUUUUUAACCAGUAAUACUCUCUGGUAUAAGAAACAUAUCAACUGUUCAAACAAAAUGUAGUUUUUCAGCAUUAAAAACUGUAAUUUAGUUCUACAAAUAACAGAAGAUUGAGUGUUACAAGUUAAGCACUAUUGGAACAAGUCUUCUGUGGUAGAUUAUGAAAACAUCAUCGUGUCUUGGGGCUGCAUAUUUGCAAAUUUAAGCAAAAGCAACACCAGAUAUUGGUAAGCAGUUUGACCACUGCAAUUACAAAUGCUUCCAUUCAUAAUUUCAUUUAAAAUGUAAGAAUAAUGGUUCAAGUGUUAGGUCAUGUAAUUUCUGGAAACCUUGGUUUGAUGUAGCCGUUUACUGUAUAGAGAUAGAUGCUCUGCCUCCUGGCAGUAUGUGAAGGAGAAACUGAGACUAUGAAAUGUUCUCUUUGCACUGGGUUUAAUAUCUUAGCUGUAUAGAAGGAACACUACUUAUUAAAAAUUCAAUGUCCAUAAUUUUAAGUAUGUUUUGUACAGAAAAGGCUGUGUUUUUCUGUUGUUGUUGUUUUACAGAUUCUUAUCUUUCUUAAAGGAAUAGUUCUACAUUUUACAAAAUGUUCUUAUUUGCUUUCUUGCUGAGAGGGAGAUGAGAAGCUCAAUAUCACUCUCAUGUCUGUGUGUUGAGCAUACAAGUGAAGCUGGGAGGCAGUUAGCCUAGCUUAGCACAAAGACCGGAAUCAGGGAUUAAAUACGUGAGAUUCAAGGUGUUGCGAAUUUUAAAGGUGUUGGUCGGUGGGUUUCUGAACUUUCGAUAGAGCUAGGAGAGCUUGUUCCCUCUACAUGCAGUCUUUAUGCUAAGCUAGGCUAAAUGCCUCCCGGCUCCAGCUCCAAACUUACCUGACAGAUAUGAAAGUCAUGUUGAAAUUCUCAAAGUUUAUUUCUAAAAGUGUCAAACUAUUCCUUUGAAGAUGAUUCAAUUAUGAAGGCAUUGGAGCAGUGAGUUUCUGCUGGUCUUUGUGUGUGUGUGUGUGUGUGCGUGCGUGUGUGUUAUAAACUUGCCAUAGAAAGGAAAUCUAUCAUUGUAAAGGAAAGGUCUCUUGUAGAUCUAUAUGGGUCUUUAAUGGGUUACAUUUUACACUUUGCUCCACCACUGACAACAGUAAACAAGAAACUUUCCCUACCACACUAGUGUUAUUUACGUAAAUGGCUGGAAAUUAGAAUGAGAAUUUGUGGUUUUGUUUGUGCUGAGAAAAUGAAAAAUCAACAGUUGUAGCCACUGUAGACGCCUCUCAGUUUGUGUUUACGUAGCAUCUAUCCUGUAAUAGUUUUACAUAGUCAGAGCAAAAGGCAGAAGUUUCUCUUCCAGGAUUUAUCCUGCAUCUGUUCUGCAUUAGUUGUACAGACAAUGCUUUUUUUUUUGUACAUGAAACAGUAGAACAAAAUCGAGCGUCUUGUACAGUGAAACCAGUUACCAAUUUACCACACCGUUCCUUGUGGCUGCCAUUGGUUGAAAACAGAGCAACAGUAGAUUUUUCCAAACGUUUCCUCUGGAGGACGGAGCCACAGGACAGCAGCAGUUCAAGCUUAAAGUAUUAAAAAAUACUUCUACAUCUGCAUUUGACAUUCUUUUCUGUUGACACCAAACAGAGUCUUGUUUCCAUUUUAAUUUACUGUGACACACAAAGAACAUCAGAGACACAGGCGUUUUUGGAGUCGUGCAAUAACUCUGGGCUUUUGGUAAUAAUUAUCUGAAGGAAAAAAAAAGAAACACCCAAGAUUUUGGGAUUAAAACAAAGGACAUUUUCUCAGCAGUCAUAUAACGACAAAUUAAAACCAGGAUUUUCCCAGAAGUGUCACUGUGAUGCUUCUAAAUCUGUCUGACAGGGAUCAUUUUUAUAUUUUCUAAGUGUAGAAAAUGGUUUUGUUUUUGUUUAUGUUUGAAAAAUGUGGGUUGGCUGUAAAUGGAUCUGUUCUGUUUUUUAAAAUAAUUUCACAAAAUAAACAAUUC